AUGGUCAAGAAGAUUAUCCAAGGCAUUCACAUUUGGAAUCCACGCAACCAUUUACUACUCACAGCUUUUCUGUGCGGUGCAAUCUUUUUCAUCGCAGUGCACACUGUGCAGUACUACUCCCUCAACAACAACCCUUUGUUGAGCGACAUUCAUCCACCUUUCAAUGUUUCUUUACCGAAGCAUGAAGACUCGGACUUCAUCUCUGGUCCCCAUUACCCUCCACCAACUCCAACUGGCAGCCACAAUUACAAGAAAGCUGAAUGGGAUGAAGAUUCGAAGCAUGAAGAAACAGACUUCAUCGUUAGUCCCCAUUACCCUGCACCAACACCAACUGGCAGCCACAAUUACAAGAAAGCUGAAUGGGAUGAGGAUUCAAACUACCGGGUUGAUUUUUCAUCGACUUACAAAGAAAUGGAAAGCAAAUUCAAGGUGUAUGUGUACCAAGAUGAUGUUCUCAACAAGUACUACAAGUUUCCCUUCCCCAUUACUGAUCCUGAUAGACUCACAUGGGAGUAUAGAAACGAGGGCUACUUCUUCCGUAAUAUCAAUAUGAGCACCUUCCUCACCACCGAUCCUAAGCAGGCUCAGCUCUUCUUUAUUCCUAUUCGCACCCAUCUAAUGCAAUCCACGGGACCCUAUAAGAAAAUGGCAAUUGUAGUCCAGAAUUAUGUCCAAAGCUUGAUCAAUGAACACCCUUAUUGGAAUCGAAGCCAAGGAGCUGAUCACUUUUUUGUGAACUGCCACAAAAUUGGUGUGUUGGCAACCAGAAAUUUUCCAUUACUCAAGAAUGCAAUUCGAGUUCUGUGUGCAACUUGGCAUGCUUUCGAAUUUGAUCAAUCCAAGGAUAUGUUUCUCCCACCUCCUGGAUAUGAUUUUAUAGAAUAUAGGAGAAGAUUAGUUAAAUCAAAAAUUUCGGAGGAUCUUGAAAUAGACGUCUGCUCAUGCUCUAUGGCCCUAUACUAUUACUAUGCUGCCUGCAUAACAGAAGCGAUAGUUGAGAACUGUAUUCCUGUUUGUGUGUUACUUGCAGUUGUCUCGUUCAGAAACCCUGAUUUGCCAUUCAAUAAUACUCUUGAUUGGACAAAAUUUUCUGUAAUAGCCUCCGAGAAAUAUGUUCCUGUGGAUGAUAUAAUCCAGCAGCUGCAGGACAAUGUUAAAGACAUAGAAGAUGAAACAUUAGUCAAAUUGUUUAGCAACUUACACGAGCAUGUUGUGUUGCUCUAG